ACAAUGAACUGUGGUCUUCUAACUUUAAAAAAGGAGCCAGUGCCCCUGAAGAGCAUAUCAGUGGAAGUCUCUGUUAAUGGAUUUAUUGCAGAUGUUUCAUCUACUCUCACCUAUGAAAACGCCGAGUCCAAUCCCGUGGAGGCUGUGUUUGUCUUCCCUAUGGAAGAUGGAUCUUCAGUCUAUGACUUUCAUGCCGAGAUUGGCUGUAAUCUAAUUGAAGCCACAAUUAAAGAGAAACAAGAAGCAAGAUAUGACUAUGAUGAUGCCAUAAGCAGUGGACAGGAAGCCUUCCUCCUAGAAGAGAGUGACGAGAGCCCAGAUGUGUUCCGUCUCAGUGUUGGCAGCCUACCUGCAGGUCAGACAGCUUCAGUUUCGCUCUCCUAUGUGACAGAGCUGCCUGUCCAGGCUGAUGACGCUCUUCGAUUCUUCCUGCCUACUGUGCUCUGUCCACGAUACACCCCACAAGGUUCUACUUCUCUAACAAGUGAAGUGCCCUUUGUUCCCUGUGACUCAGUUCCCUACUCCCUGUCUCUCAACUGCCAUUUGUCCUCACUCAAUGGGAUUGCAUCUGUGAAAUCCAACUCCUCACUGAGCCCCCUGGAAUAUCUGAGUGAUGACAAGACAGAAGCUAAGGUGUCAUUGUCCCCAGGAUUCCAAUUUGAUCGUGAUGUUGAGCUUUUGAUAUAUUAUAGCCAAGCACAUCAGCCGACUGUUGUGGUGGAAGCUGGUCUCUCAACAGCAGCUGAAGGUUCCUUAAUGGGAGUCCCACUUGUGAUGGUUAGGUUGUAUCCAGAAUUCUCUCGUUUCACAGAAGAAUCACUCACCAAAAAUGGCGAGUUCAUCUUUUUGAUGGAUUGUUCAGGCAGCAUGAAAGAAACAAUGAAAUGGGAAUGCAACUCCGUCAGGCGCAUUGAGAGUGCACGCGACACUCUGCUGCUUCUUCUUAAAAGUCUUCCUUUUGGCUGUUACUUUAAUAUUUGUCUGUUUGGGUCACGUUUUAAGUUUUUCUUUCCCAAAAGUGUUGAGUAUACACAGCAGACAAUGGAGUCUGCCAUGAAGAAAGUAAAGGACAUGGACGCUAACUUAGGAGGAACAGAAAUCUUACGCCCACUUCGUGAGAUUUUUCGGAAGCCCUGCAAACCUGGGUACCCCAGACAGUUGUUUGUAUUCACUGAUGGUGCAGUUGGAAACAUAAAGGAAGUCAUCGAAAAAGUAAAAAGAAACUCUGCCAAACACAGAUGUUUUACAUUUGGAAUUGGAGAUGGCGUUUCUACAGCUUUGAUUAAAGGCAUGGCCAAAGCAGGGAAUGGUCAUUUCCAAUUUGUGUGUGGAAAAGAUAGAAUGCAAGAAAAAGUGAUGCAGACUCUGCGUUUCGCCUUGCAGCCAGCAGUCACCAAUGUUGCGUUAAACUGGCAUGUUCCAGAUGGAAUGGAGGUAGUUCCUGUGUCAGAAACACCAACAAUGCUGUUCAGUGGUCAACAGUUGAUCUUGUACUCACAGCUGAAAGGCAAGGUUGAUGAGACUGCAGUUGGUCAUGUGUCUCUGCAGUAUAGUCUGUGUGACAUGGAACACAAAACAGAAAUGCAUUUUGCGCUUAAUUGUGCCAAGCAUAGCAGACUAACAGCUCACCGUUUAGCUGCUAAAUCACUGAUUAACCAAAUGGAAGAGAAAAAGGAAGAGCAAUUACUUACAGGUGGUGAGAAUGAAAACCUGAAGAAAAACAUUGUAGAGAUGAGCUCAGAGGCCAGAGUCCUCUCCCCUUACACAGCUUUUAUUGCUAUCAACAAAGAAAGCAGGGAGGCUAUUCAGGCACCCCUGAUCAGGAGAGACAUUCCUUGUGGUAACCAAGGGAUUAGACAGAGCACAAUACCUCUCUCCUUUGACCCAGGUGCAGUCCAUGAGCGCCACGUUAUGAGGACAGGCGGGCAGGGUAUGCCCGACUUCACCACACUUGAAACAGCGGGGCAAAGCCGGGGUUUUUUCCUUUUGCUUACCUGGAGGCUCCGCAUUGCGACGGAAGGGCUCAGGGGUGGCAAUGCGUCCCUGUCGGGCACCACGAGCAGACCUCUCCGCUGCCCCGCCUCGGUUCACCGCCAGUUGACGCUCCAGGACAUCCAGGAGGCUUUUCAUAUCACUGAACGGGUGUCGCCGGACCUGCUGGGUGAGAUAUUCUGGCAUGCCGUUAAUAAAGCCCUCACAGGCUACUUGCUCGACUAUAUGUUGGGCCUGAUUGACGUCUGGCCGAAGCCAGCGUCCCAUAUUGCUCCAAAACUCGAAACCCUGGGCUCUGCCUGGGCGAUCAGGGUCAUACCUCCACUGCCUCCACUCACUCGCCUGCUGGUCCGACGUGAUGCCGUACGGCGCCAGUAUGGAGGCCCAUUCCGCGCACGGCCACUGGUUGCGAGAGGCAGUCCUCUCGAACGUAGAGAGAUACGCCUCUAUAUCAUCGGCCUCCUUCCAGUGGAGGAAGAGAAACAAAAAGAUCCCAUGUUGAAACUGAUAUCUUUCCAAAAAGCAAAUGGAUCUUGGGAAUUGCAGCAAGAAUUAAUAAAUUCGUUUAACAAGGCAGAACAAGAAGUGCUACAGAAAAUGCCAAAAGAGAUAAGUGACAAGUCAGUUUGGGCCACAUUUUUGGCACUACUGUGGCUCCAUGGCUUCAACUCUCAUAUGAAGGAUGAGUGGAAGUUUGUGGCACUAAAAGCAGUCUCUUGGAUAAAAGCACAACCAGGCUUAAAUCUAAGUAUCUGCCUACAAGCUGGGAAUGAUUUGCUGGGAUGUCAGCUGGAUCUGAAGAUGCUUGAACUCUAACCAAAAAACUGGCCACAAGUUUUACAAUAGCCAGCAACUGAGGCAUUUUAGCUACUUUGUG